UUUUUUUUUUUUUUUUUUUUUUUUUUUUUUUUUGCUCGGUUAGAACGGCCUGGCCGUAUCAAGACUUAUUUUACCACGUAGCAGGAUAGUCAGUCCAUGCUACGGGAGACGGUCCGGAUGGGAUUUGAACCCGGUCCCUGCCGUGUGGACGGGCGCCGUUUUUCACAUGCACCACCGGGCCGCCCCGAGAGUUGAAAUUCUAAUGUCAGUCAAUUUAUACUGUAAAACUGUUCAACUUACCUUUAGACUGAAUGUUAUUCAAAAUUCAAACUGAAUGAAAUUAGAGUAACUUCUACAUCCGGUCUCAAAUUGCAAAAUAAAACAACCGGAUGGAGGUUUUUGUUUUAAAGAUUUAUUUCCUUAUGCAAAACGCCGCGCGGAUGAUAGGCAACGUGCCAAAUCAACAAACUACCAUCAAAAUAUGACGCGCUUACAACGCUCGAUUAUGUGAUUGAUCCAUUGUCGGUUCCUGUUGAUGGGUUACGAACGACAGCAGCACCGUCAGCCGGUGUGCAGUCAGUCUGGUAACGCUUCGAAAUUCGCCGUUCACGCCCGGCAAAGGUGAUACACUUUCUUUCCACUCAUUUUGGAGGUUUUAUUUUUAGUUGCCCUUGCGUCUCAUACAACCGUACUGUAGCGUUUGUCCUACUGUCCGCAUACAGCUACCCCUGUCGGUUCGAAAUUUUCUUUCCAUUUGGUUGUUGUUUUGUUUUUCCCCCAAGUUCGGCUUCAUCUUUGUACAGUUGAGCACAAAACUGGCUCCCGAAGUAUAAACCAUCAGUUUCCAUCAGUUUUUCCAUUCCAUCUUUCUUUUUCCCCCCUUUCGCGGUGCCUUUCAGCUGUAGUUCGUUUUGUCCUAAUCCAUCAUCGAGGUCAAAGGAAUUUUGCGAGCCGACAACGUGCACGAUGACGCUGUGACACCUCCCUUCGGUAUGGAUCGGUUUUUAGUUUUAUGAAAUGUACGGCGUUUUUUUUUGUCGUUUUUUGCUGAACGCUAACGUUGAGUGUCUCCACGCGGCCACAAAAGUAUGCCGGCACGCAAGGUAACACACCCAGUAUGGGUCGAGAGAUUUUUUUGUUUUUGGUACGGGACCGCAAUCUCUCAGUGCAUGGUGUGAUGAGUAUGACGUCAUACUACGGCACUCACUUGUAACGGUUGACCAAGAAGUUUUGGGAAUGCGCUAGAAUUAUGUUUCCCCCCCGUUUCUAUUGGCCCUCAGACAGAGAAUGUCACCCCAUCGAUGGGUUGUUUAUGGCUGUUUGUGAGCUGCACCAUGUGCUUUGUAUGUUUCUUUUUUCGCUCCCCAAAUCGAAGGUCAACGUCGACCGGGAUACACCGGGUUGGGAAUGUUUGUAUCGUACCAAGGUUCAGAAAUUACUCUGCAGUCUGUCACUUUAGUUUUUGUUUGAAGAGAAGAAAAGUUUUUUACCCUUCACGAUGGUGGCGCGCUCGAAAAGCUAGACAAAGUUUUCCGCCUCAUUACAACUGGUACUGAAGUGAAGAAGACAAACAUUUGUGUUUGUUGUUUUUCUUUGCCGUUUAAAAAAGAAUCAUAAAGGAACCGUUUGCUCCAGUGGUUGAUAUGCGUGAGAAAAGCAACAUUUGCUGCUCAUCAAUAAGUCACGGUUCAGGUAAUGAAAUAUACAAAUCGCAUCACUUCGGGGUUUUUGGAUUUCCCACAACCCCAAGCGUGUACCUGCUGGUACAUGCAAUCGAACGAUAUUGGUUUUACGAACGAUAAAACUGGUACCUAGUUGUCGAUGAAUAUUUAAAUGUGGGAACAUUCCUGACACAAUGGUGUGGCACUCGGAACGAACGUGUUGCACUUUUUAACCCUCACGCAAAGAAGGCAUCGGAUUUGUUACGGAGAGUUUCUUUUUUUUUUUGGAUGUUGGCGCCCAGUGAUUCUACUACAUGGAGGCGCCCAGUGAUUCUUCUACAUGGAGGCGCCCAGUGAUUCUUCUACAUGGAGGCGCCCAGUACUUCUUGUUAUUGGGUACGUACGGAUGAGGAUGAAACAACCCGGGGAAAAUCAUUAUGUCCUUGAGUUGAGAAAAUAAAUUUACUAUCUGCUUUCCGGCAGCUUUCCGUACGUCCAUCCACAAGAAGCAAUGAUAAAGAUACGGUAAAAUGUAUGAACAAUUCUUCACCAGUCCUUUUAUUCCCCUCCAGUACAGUCCUGUACAAAAUGGUUUCAACAGGUGGGUUUAUUGCUUUAUUAUUACUGUAGAUAGCCAGAAAAAAAUACACUAAACAAAGCAUCCUCACACUAACUCGCGGUGGGUGUUGAGUGGAUUAUUCAGUGUCAACCACAGGCGCCGGAUAAUGAAGUCAUUCUUAUUGGAGUCUUUGGGUUUUUUUUUACUCGGGAAAAUUCCUCUACACGCCCCAUUUCUAACCUGUUCGUUAUCUAUGCUUGACAUUUUAUGUUGUUUUUUUUUCUUCUCUAAAUUUUUGGCGAAGCAACUCGAACACUAACGAAGAAAAGAAAAAAGGGGGACUGAAUCGACCUUCAACUAAAGUGUAACCGUAGAGCCGUUGUUUAGAUAAAAAUUAUAAACUGUGAUAAUCCGAAGGCGUUAGCACGCCCGGGCUACACAAAAAAGGGGACGAGGGUGAUAUACACCCAAUUGAAUAAAUAACUUCACCGUUUGUUGCUUUAAAUGCAAGAAAAGGAUAACGUGUUGGUGUUUGGUUUCCUUCCCUCUUUGUGCGCCUCUUACGAUAAGGAUGACAUAGAGAGUGCAACCAUCCCGUGCCCGUGCUGAUUAGGGUCAUCGAAUGAUAUGCGAUAUGCGAGUGCCCAAAGGAAAACCCCCCAAAAAAAAGGUUGUACCCCUUAAACGAAACGGAACGAAACACCGUGUUUGUGUUAGAAAGUGCUGGUGAAGCGAGAGAGAAAGAGUGGAAAAAAGGAAACUCAAGUGUUAUUUGUAUCACACCGAAAAGGAAGUUUGUGUGCUCGUUUGUAAAGCAUAUCUCUUACAUUUUUAGGCACCCGGAAUAAAGUCGCUGCUUCGUGCUAAGUGUUUCUGUUCGUGAGUGUGUGUUUUGUGUGAACGUGUGAAUAGUGAAGUGGUAAGCCACCGGAAGGUCCCACUCUGUUGCUUCGGAUCGUAAAUCGUGUAGCCACUUGUGCCAGCCAGCUUCUUAGACGGUAACGGUUUCGUAUCGGUGUGAGUGUGUGUAUAUCAGUGCCACAUGUGUACGUGAUUGUGUGUGCGUGUGUGUGUGUGUUGGUCAACGGUUUCCGUUUCAUGGAACGUUAGUAUGGAUUUAAUAUCGCUUCCACCCUGCUCGCGGCGCUUGGAACUGACGACGAUGGUGAACGAGCAACCGAUGGCACUGUCGCCUGCGUCCACCUCGGCGAUUAAGAUCUCGACGACAUUUUUAAAGACGCCUGUCAAGACGGACCAGGAAAUACUCCAGAACUCCAUGCUCGAGGACGACCCAAAUUCCAACACAAUACUGGCGAGCACCGAUCUGACCGAAGACAACGGUGCGAAUCAUCUGGCGAAGCGGCCACGAUGGGGCCCACGCCACAAAGGAGCACAGGAGCUAGCGAAGCUGUACAGUAACGGAAAACGUACUCAGGAACUUGUUUGCGUUUAUAUCUGCAUCUCGCUGAUGGUGCUAAAUCUUGCCCUCAUACUAAGACACUUUCGAUUCGAGCGCAUCAGCAACGUCGUGGUUGCGGCCAUCUUUGGCAUACUGACGGCAGACUUCGGUUCCGGGCUGGUACAUUGGGGAGCCGACACUUGGGGGUCCGUCGAUUUGCCCAUCGUUGGUAAGAACUUUCUACGACCAUUCCGCGAGCAUCACAUUGAUCCGACCUCGAUUACGCGGCAUGACUUCAUCGAAACGAAUGGGGACAACUUUAUGGUCGCACUACCGAUUCUUGGCAAGCUGGCGUGGAACUUUUUCACCAGAACGAACGCGGAAAUACAGCAGGACUACGCUAUCAGCGCGUACCUUUUCCUCUGUUCGAUCUUUAUCGCUAUGACGAAUCAGAUUCACAAAUGGUCCCACACUUACUGGGGUCUACCGAGGUGGGUACUGUUUCUGCAGAAUCAUCACAUCAUCCUGCCAAGACGCCAUCAUCGUAUUCAUCACGUUGCGCCACACGAAACGUACUUUUGCAUCACAACCGGAUGGCUGAACUGGCCGCUGGAAAAGAUAAAAUUCUGGUCGACGCUGGAGGCAAUCAUCGAGCUAUCGACCGGCCAUAAACCUCGAGCGGAUGAUUUAAAGUGGGCCCAAAAGCUUGCUUGAUCCUGUCGCAUCGUUGCAUCCAUUUUGGACCAACCGCCAUUAACAGGACCGUAUCGCGUGAUAGCGAAAGCUUUGAGUUAGAUCAAGGAUACCAAGCGCACGGAUUCAUACAAACAAAACUAGCAAUAUCGCAUUUUGUGUAACAAAACAAACAAUAAUAUUGCACUUUAGGGUUGUAAAAAGGACCGCGAGAGAGAGAGAGAGAGAGAGAGAGAGAGAGAGAAAGAGUGCUUCUGUGCUGCUUGUCACUCGCACACAAUGAUAACAAGCGUUUCGGAAAUAUUUUAAACGAGCGGGUUGAAACAAUUUUGAUACUUUAUACGUACGCAAAUCGGUCGUCAGUUAGAGGCAAUGAGCAAUGCAACAAUAAUAAUGAAAACUUUAAAUAAAAUUUCGUAUCCCGGAUCAACUUAUGGCAUAAUGUUUUAAAGAUGGGUUUUGGGUGAAACAUAAGAGCGUUAUAUUUGAACAUUUGAGCAUCGAACAUGCCUAGGCCUCAGGUUAAUAAUAAUACUUAAAUGAAAAUAAAUGCUUUGGAAGGUGCAAUGAUCGUCAAAAAGUGCGUCCUUAUGUGCACAAUAUAAUAGAAAAAUAAUGAAUUUGUUUUUUGUAAAGCUUCUUAUAUAAUAUAAUUUUAGCAAAUUGCUUCAAUUUUUGAUCUACCUGUUUUUUUAUAAGUUUUAUUGAAACUGAUGAAUAGCUUCUUUCUUCGAUGAAUCAUUUUCUUUUUCAAUGUUUCUUCUUUCCAACACUUCUUAACAGAGAUUGUUAGGAUUACUGUAAAAGGUUGUUUUUCCUUUGCUUUGUUCAAAUUUAAACGUAUGUAAGUUAAGGUUUGUGGUAAAACAAACAUGUAUACGAAGAAGUAUGUUCUGUUUCAAACUCUUGUUCUUGUUAAUUGAAGCAAUUUUUUAUCACACCUGAUGCCUGCUUGCAACUAAGCACAAAAGCUAGCAACAAAUCCACUAGUUCAACAAACCAACGCAUAAGAAACAGUUAAAGUAAAAUAAAAAAAAGAAUCAUUAUUACACAAGAACACCUACAUUACCUGCAGAAAAAGGAAAAACCAUUAAUUUUUGCACUAGCAAUAAGACCCAACCGUACAAUCACGUUUGUCGAAUGUAUUAUACCGGCAUGAAGCGAGUGAAACGUUCGGGGAACAAUAAACACACUGUGCUACAAUUUUUAAAUGUGUAAGGCUUAGGGAUUAGUUUACAAAACACGGUGCAGUGAAUUUUUUACAUAUUAUUAAAAUGUACCGAAACGAACAAAAACGAAAAGAUACACUCAAGACAAAGAUAUUUGCUGUAGCUUUAGGCAAUGCAAAAAAAAAACCUAGACACUAAGAAGUUAGAACAGAAAUAGGAUGGAUGCGAAGGGUAGCUUUUUAAUGCUGAGAAAGGUGAUGAGAAAACUUAGAUUUGUAUUGUAGCUUGUAUGUAAAAUGAGAGAGAAAGUAGCAAGAAAAAAAAAUCACAAAAAAGACGUUGACAUUGAAAAGAUGGGAAAUAAUUUAUUUUUUUGGGGUUAAGUUUUGUUACACGUUUUAUGGGAUGGAUUUCAGAAUACAUCGCUUGUAAGCAAGAAUCAAAAACAUUGCAAAAACGUAUGAAAAAUAAAAAAGAGAUGCAAAAUUUA